ACUUCUCGUGCAAACCGAUGCACUGCUGACGACGGGAAAAACGCUCCCACGAGGGGAAAGGGCGCCAAGCCGAGGCGCCGGCGUCAUCCGACGUCACUUCCGUCCUUUAGCGAUCCCCGGACGCCCCCUUCUCCCGGUCCGUGUUUGUUUCCGGCAUUUCAAUAAAGCUCGAUUCGGCUCGAAGAAGAUCCCGUUCUUCCGGGAAAAUGGCGACUCCCGCUCGUGCCCCGGAGUCACCGGCGGCCGCGGAUCCGGCGCUAGCUGCGGGGCCUGUUGAGGAAGCCGAGUGCCCGCCGCCACGCCAGCCUCAGCCUGCGCAGAAUGUCCUCGCUGCCCCGCGGCUUCGAGCCCCAAGCACCCGAGGACUUGGGGCAGCGGAGUUUGGUGGAGCUGCGGGAAAUGCUGAAGCGCCAGGAGAGACUUUUGCGCAACGUAAAAUUCAUUUGCAAAUUGCCCGACAAAGGUAAAAAGAUUUUUGACUCUGUUGCCAAACUGAAAGCUGCCAUUGCAGAACGUGAAGAAGUUAGAAGAAAAAGUGAACUCUUUCAUCCUGUUAGUUUAGACUGUAAACUAAGGCAAAAAGCAACUGCAGAAGUUGAUGUCGUUACAGAUAAGGCCCAGAAUUCUGACCAGAUACUUGAUACUUCAUCACUAGUUCCUGGCGGUUCCUCUGUAGAUAACAUCAAGUCAUCUGAAACAACCUCACAAAACCAGGGACUUGGACAUCCUACUCAUGAGGGUGAUGAAGAGACUCCAGAGGUUGAGUACACAGUGAGUAAGGGCCCAGCUUCCAGCAACAGAGACAGAGUGCCACCUUCAUCUGAAGCUAGUGAGCAUCACCUGCAGCAUCAGGUUUCAAGUAGAGCAGAAGAUACUUCUAGCAGCUUUGACAACCUGUUUAUUGACAGGUUACAGAGGAUCACCAUUGCAGACCGAGGUGAACAACAGUCAGAAGAAAACACAAGUGCUACGGACUUGACAGGCCUUUCUAACGGGACUCAGAAGAAGCCUCAUUACAUGGAAGUGCUAGAAAUGCGAGCCAAAAACCCAGUGCCCCAGCUGCAUAAAUUUAAGACCAAUGUAUUACCUUCUCGACAAAUUGAUUCAUCCGGUGAUUGUCAGAAGAGGGGGUCUCCUAUUUCCUCAGAAGAGCGGCGGUGCAGGGAUAAGCAGCAUCUUGAUGACAUCACAGCAGCUCGGCUUCUACCACUUCACCAUAUGCCCACGCAGCUGCUCUCCAUAGAAGAAUCUUUGGCACUUCAGAAACAGCAGAAACAGAAUUAUGAGGAGAUGCAAGCAAAGCUCGCUGCGCAAAAAUUAGCUGAAAGACUGAAUAUUAAAAUGCGGAGUUAUAAUCCAGAAGGGGAGUCUUCAGGGAGAUACCGAGAAGUAAGGGAUGAAGAUGACGAUUGGUCCUCUGACGAAUUCUGAAGAUAAUCUCCUAAAUCAGUGAUGUUGAGAUGUCAUCAUUUUACAUCAGACUUUCUAACUAGUAUCAAGAUCAGUGUCAGAAAUUGUAGAGGGAAGUAAUUUCAUAAAGUUACACAAAGGUAGUUAUAAAAAAAUCCCAUUUUGUCUUUCAGAAAAUGGCUUUCGUGUGCUUGAAAAGUUUAAUAUUUGAAUAUGGUGUUUAACCACAUUGUAUUACAAUUUCGCAGUAUGUUGUG